AUGUCGUCUUUCUUCAAUAAGCUAGCGAGCAAGCUAGACGAUCUUGAUCUCGGUGGCAGCAAAGACAAAGAUAGGGACGAGCCCCAGCAGCAUAAUCGCGAUUAUCCGCCUCCUUCGCAACAGUACGGUCAAUACGGCCAACAGGGUGGUCCUCCACCCCAAUCAUACGGAUAUCCAGGUCAACAUCAGCAGUCGUACGGCAGUCCCCCACCCCCUGAGGGAUAUCGCCAGCAAUCUUACGGUGGCCCGCCACCUCCCGACGGAUAUCGUCAGGACUCAUAUGGUCGCCCGCCACCCCCAGAAGGAUAUCGUUCGGAUUCCUACGGCCCUCCUUCUGGAGGAUAUCACCAGGACUCAUACGGUCGUCCUCCUCCUCCUCCCGAGUCGUCAAGAGAUUAUCCCGGCCAGUACCAGCCACCGUCACAGCAUUACAGCAGUCCGCCACCUCCUGGCCAAGAACCCGUGUAUCAUCACCCAGAAGGAAAGCCCCCUCUUCCUCCUGGAUGGGUUCCCCAGUGGGACCAAAAGUAUCAACGCUGGUAUUACGCUGAAGAGGCUACCGGUCGUACUCAGUGGGAAGCACCCGGUGGGCGUACUCACGACACUCGUGGAUAUCCCGGCGAGCAUGGUGACCGUGGGGCUCCUGGAUACAGUGGGGGUUAUGGACAUGGAGCCAGUGAUUACCAGGACCGUGGACACUCUGGUUACGAGCAAGGUGGCGGCUAUGGUGGUGGAUAUGGCGGUCAGCCUGUAGAGAAGAAGAAGAAGGAUAACACAUUGUUGUACGCCGCCGGUGGUUUAGCCGUCGGUGCCAUCGGUGGUGCUCUAAUAGCAGAUGCGCUAAGUAUGUAUCAUCUCAGAAAUCUAUCACACGCACAACAGGAGACACCUGAUGACUCUGACGAUGAACACCAUGCUCCCCCCCCUCAACAAUCAUAUGCACCUCCUGCCCCGGCGCCAGCGCCAGUCGCAUAUCAGGAUCCUUAUGCAGCCCCAGGACCUGCCUACGAGCCUGCAUAUAACGCGGAUGGAGAAUACGUGGAUGCCAGCGAUCGUGAGUCCGUUGCUGAAGCCCGAGAGGAAUACGAGGCCGCACAGAGGGCUGCAGCCGACUCUGAUGCCAGCAGUAGUGAAGAAGAGGCGCUCGAGGAAGCUCGUGAGGAGUACUACGAGGAGUACGAGGAGGCCUAUGAGUAA